AAGGAAACACAGAAAGAGAGAGAGAGAGCACCUAUUUAUAACAGGUAAUAUAUGGUGAAUAAAUACCCUGGAAUGCUCAUUAAGCAUUGUACUCACUUCUGCAUUAAACCUGCAGAGCACACUCUUUCUCUAUAGUAAUAUCUCUCUCUCUAGGACAGAGAAGGUACACUGAGGGACCUAUAGGCUCAAUCGGCCUUUACUGCAUCUGUGAAGUUGGAGGGAGAGACUACUAAAUCUGUUUCUUUAACGGAUGAGAGAGAGAGGGUUGAUCCCUCUCUUUCUCCCUCUCUCUACACCCGCUUCCUUCCUCUCUCCUCUGUAUCCCCUCGCUCUUGUCCUAGAACUGUUUCUUGCUUCUGUCUCAUCAACCCUAACCCCCCUUUGUUGUCGCAAGUUCUUCUAUAUCCCUCUUGAAGCCCUAACCCUAUCGAUCCGCCCUCUCUCUUUAAGUUUUCCUUCAAACCCUAGAUCCAUUUACAGAUGACAAUACAAAAGUGGAAAAGGUGUGUUGUAAUAAUUCCUUUUGCCAUCAAAUGAUUUAUAAAACCGUUUCUACCUCAAUAAUGGUUAAGACCAGCCAAACACCAUCAAGUUUGGUGGAUUGACGGCGUAGGAGAGACAGUGGGUCAAACCAAGUGAUGAAGGACCUUAAGUCGUAGGUCUCCCUCUUUAUCUGACACCGUCCGUCUGUGAAAUCAAUGAUGUUAGGCUUGUCUCUAUCUUGUUUAGGAUUUACACACAGGCAUCGACGGUAUCGGAAAAUAGUGAUAUCUGGAUCAUCGGUUGUAUUUCAUAUGUAUACCCCUGACCGAUCUGUAAAUGAUUUUGAAACUCUCUAUGCUCACAUAGUUCAAGGUACAAGAAAUGUGAUCAGAGCCUGUCAAGAAUGCAAUGUCAAGAAGCUUAUAUAUAACAGUUCAGCUGAUGUAGUUUUUGAUGGUGUGCACAGUAUAGACAAUGGGGAUGAGUUCUUGCAAUUCCCAAAUAAAUAUGAAGACCCCCGCAAUGAUUUAAUCGGUCAGGCAGAGUUGAUGGUUUUGUUUGCCAAUGGUAAUGGUGAUUUGUUAACUUGUGCAUUACGCCCAAGCAAUCUUUUUGGGCCUCAAGAUGCACCUUUGGUUCCAUAUUUUGUGAAAGCAGCAAAGGAUGGAUGGUUUAAGGCCAUCUUCGGGGAUGGUCGAAACAAGUGGGACUUUACUUAUGUGGAGAAUCUUGCCCAUGCCCAUAUUUGUGCAGAGCAAGCUCUACAAUCCCUGAAGGAUCCAGUUUCUGGAGGGGUAUUUUUUAUCACUAAUUUGGAACCGAUGGUAAUUUGGGAUUUUGUUUCUUCUGUACUGGAAGCUAUGCGAUAUGAAAGCCCCAGCUUCCAUAUUCCUGUUGCACGAUUCAUGGUCUUCAUAGAGGCAAUGGAAAGGGUCUAUAAAAAUUUGUGUUCUUACAUAAAUCUUCCACCCUUACCACUAAGCACCUCAAGUCUCCACUUAUUCACUUGUACCAAGACAUUCAAUUGCUCCAUAGCUCAAAAACAUAUCGGCUAUGCACCAAUUGUCUCUAUGGAGGAAGGUAUUGAGUGGACUGUUGAAUCAUACUUCCAUUUAGCGAGAGAUAUAUCUUUCUUAAAAAACAGGGAUUUAAACCAGCCAUCAAAGGCAUAUAAACUGCUCGGCUGUGGAAGAGUUGCUGAUGUAAUUUUGUGGCGUGACGAAAAGAAGACUUUCUCUCUCUUAAUCACCCUGGCUUUCUUUUUCCAUUGGUUUCUUCUCUCCGGGCGGCCUUUUAUUUCAUCUGCUGCAAAGCUCUUUCAGCUGGUUUUUGUCUUCUUGUUCUUACAUGCAUGUCUCCCAUCCUCAAUAUUGGGGUACUCCAAGCCAAAGAUUCCAGCUUCUUAUUUUGAAGUCCCUGAGACUCGCUUACGGGAUGCAUUGAUUUUCACGGCAUCAGCCUGGAACAGAAGUGUUGCUAUGUUACAUUAUAUCGCUCAAGGAAACGACUGGAAAAACUUCCUUAAGGCAUUGUGUUCCCUAUAUUUGCUCAAGUUGCUCCUGUAUCUUCCCUUUGCAGCUGUGCUUCUAGUAGGUUUAGUUUUGGUGUUUAGUGCUUUCCAUGUGUAUGAGCAAAAGGAAGAGGAGGUUGAUAGAAUCUUGAAACAUAUGACCACUGUUAUGAGAAGGGUUAUGAGAUCAGUGAUGAGGAAAUUGCCUGCUCAUUUGACGGUUUAUCUUUCAAGCAAUUUCUCUCAAGCCCAGGAUGAGACUGCAAAAGAUUCUUAAUCUGUUUUCUGUGUUCGCUAUGAGAAGUAGUUGCCCUUUGUGCAUCUGAUAAUGCAUCUUUUUACGAUCCUACAAGAAGAGAAUCAAACAUGAACAUGAUCUAAGCAACUGCCAUUUUUGGGGAGAUAACCACCACGUUUACGGUCUAAGAUUUCUUUUUUACCAUGAUAAUGGUCGAGUCCUAUUACUGAUAUAAUGACAUUGUAAUGGGGAUCGUAACAGGGAUAAUGCCCGCUACUGAAAAUGAGACAGGAAACUGGAAAUAAUACCAAGAGUGAGAAAGGGCAAUUGUCAUUAUAGUGAUGUGAAUAACUAAUUUCUUUUUGACAUGGAUGGUCUCUAUAAGCUUGGUCCUUACAGUGAAACUGCUUGAUUAA